UGCUUCUUUGAAGAGUCAAGGCUGCUGAAAUGAAAGGCUGUGUGUGCUUGUGUCGAGCUGGCUUUGGCUGCUUGCCUAAUGGGCUGUCCUUUAUCUUUUGGAUCAGUCGGUGGCGGUAAUGCACCGGGAAGCUGUUUGCCAACAGUAAAUAACACCAAACGAAGAAGAAGUAGAAGUAGAAGAAGAGCAGGAAUUGAGCGAUAAAGUGGGAGAAACAAGGAAGGUGACUCUAAGCUCAGUGGUGUAACAGCUUACCGGCGGCAUAGUGCCAGAGGGACUCCAAAAUGUUUUCCUUGUCAAUGACAGUCCAGCCGCAGGUGACUGUCCCGCUUAGUCACCUCAUCAAUGUCGUCCACUCUCUGAAAAGCUCAGUGGGAAGCAGCAGCAGUGCCAAAUCAAGCAAACACAAGGAGCAUGCCUCAGAGUCAGACCUGCACGGCACAGAGCCCAUGUGCAGCCUGCGGGAGCUUGGCUUGACAGAUCUGGGAGUGCGACAGCUGGACAAACUGGUGAACAGUGUGUUGCCUAGCGUCAGCCAACAGGAGGUGCUGCUCCCAUCCAACACCAGCAGUCAGACAGCCUGGAGGACCUCCCAUCUCUCCUCACACUCUUUCUUCUGUAAUAAACAUGGCUUCUCAAGUGGUCCUAUGCCCAUGAUCGCCCCUGUUUUUUGCAGGCAGAGCCCUUCACCUCUUCAGUCCAUCUACACAGAGCUCCAGUACUGGCCAGUUUGGGUCCAGAGUAGAGGGUUUAAAACUCUCAGGACCAAAACUAGACAACUGCAGUUAUCUUCCGACCGCUCCAUGGACUCUGAUGGCUUCACACCAUCUUUUAUGAAGGGUUUCCUGACACGCGACAAGGGGUUAGAGAUGGAAACUUUAGACAGGCUGUUGAAGAACAGGAACAUACCUGACGGACAGCAGGAUGCAUUCAAGAGUGGCUUUGCUGAGGGCUUCCUGAGAGCUCAGUCCCUGACACAACGCACACAAGAUUCUUUGAGGCGGACUCGACUAAUCCUGCUGGUCCUGCUGCUGGUUGGGCUCUACGGCAUCUCCAAAACCCCCUUCCUAUCGGUGCGAUUCCGAACCACAUCAGGCCUGGACUCAGCAGUGGACCCUGUCCAGAUGAAAAAUGUGACGUUUGAGCACGUCAAAGGGGUGGAAGAGGCCAAGAAUGAGCUGCAAGAAGUAGUGGAGUUCCUCAGGAACCCGCAAAAGUUCACUGCCCUGGGAGGAAAGCUGCCGAAGGGCAUCCUGCUGGUUGGACCCCCUGGGACUGGUAAGACCUUGCUGGCCAGAGCAGUGGCAGGAGAGGCAGACGUACCGUUCUACUACGCCUCUGGGUCAGAGUUUGAUGAGAUGUUUGUUGGAGUGGGAGCCAGCCGCAUCAGGAACCUGUUUAGGGAGGCCAAAGCCAAUGCUCCCUGUGUGAUUUUCAUUGAUGAACUGGACAGCGUGGGCGGGAAGAGGAUUGAGUCUCCAAUGCAUCCUUACUCCAGGCAGACUAUCAACCAGCUACUUGCUGAGAUGGAUGGGUUUAAACCAAAUGAAGGAGUCAUCAUUAUUGGAGCUACCAACUUCCCAGAGGCCUUGGAUAAUGCCUUGAUCCGUCCAGGACGCUUUGACAUGCAGGUGACUGUCCCCAAACCAGAUGUUAAGGGACGCACAGAAAUCCUCAACUGGUACCUCAAGAAGAUUAAAGUGGAUCCAGAUAUUGAGGCCAAAAUUAUUGCCCGGGGCACAGUAGGCUUCUCUGGUGCUGACCUGGAAAACCUGGUGAAUCAGGCUGCCUUGAAAGCAGCAGUUGACGGAAAAGACAUGGUCACCAUGAAGGAACUGGAGUUUGCUAAAGACAAGAUCCUCAUGGGCCCAGAGAGAAGGAGCGUGGAAAUAGACAAGAGGAACAAGCUCAUCACAGCGUACCACGAAUCAGGCCAUGCCAUUGUAGCCUAUUACACCAAAGAUGCCAUGCCUAUCAAUAAGGCCACCAUCAUGCCCAGAGGACCUAGUCUGGGACAUGUGUCCAUGCUCCCAGAGAACGAUCGCUGGAGUGAGACUCGCUCUCAGCUGCUGGCCCAGAUGGACGUCAGUAUGGGCGGCCGCGUAGCCGAGGAGAUCAUAUUUGGCAAUGAGUCCAUCACAACUGGAGCAUCCAGUGAUUUUGACAGUGCCACCAAGAUCGCUAAACUGAUGGUGACAAGAUUUGGAAUGUGUGAGAAGUUGGGUGUGAUGACCUACUCUGAUAUGACCAAGCAGAGCCCAGAGACACAAGCUGCAGUGGAACAUGAAGUCAGGAUCUUAUUGAAGGACUCUUAUGAGCGGGCCAAGGCGCUCCUGAAGUCUCAUGCCAAGGAGCACAAGAACCUGGCGGAUGCUCUGCUGAUGUACGAGACACUGGAUGCCAAGGAGAUCCAGCUGGUACUGGAGGGCAAGACCCUAGAGACCAGAUGAAACCAGCCAGGCCAGCAACAAUCAGGGUUGAGCGGGGAAGGGUUGAGAUUUUGACUGCUCAGGGUUUAACAUUUGGAGGGAGGACAGUGCUAGAAUGGUUCUGAUUGGGGUCAGAGGUCAUGGUUUCAGGGCUCACAGCGUGCAUUCAUUAAGUAUCUUACUGCUCAUCUGGGACUGUGCUAUUUCGCCAUGCAGGUUAUCCAGUCAUCAAUUUGUAAUCUGGUCCGUGUUCCUAAAAAGUCCUUUUGUUUUAAAUCAGAUAUUUUAUGAAAGCUGUCAUUUAUUUAGAUCUAAGGAAGUAUAUGUUGGGAAGAAAUGUAGAUAGAUAGAUGUAAUCUUUAUUGUCCCACAGGAAAUUUGUUUUCACAGCCUGUACAACACAAAAAACAUACAGAUAACCAUAUCACAGCAUACAGACUUACAUACAGCCUCCACCCCUCCAAUAUCUUCAGCACAUAUACAUAAGACAGAGUGCUGACAUAAAUGCUGGCAUGACAUGACAGACUGUGUUGUCGCUGCAGAGCAUGUGCAGUAGAACCCGUACAUGGUAGAACCCAUGGUAGAAAUGUAUUGUGUAUAUGGAGGAUAAACAGUGAGGUAAACAUCAGUGCUGUCAGCUGGGGGCUCAUACAGAAUGUUCAACAAUCCAACAUUGAAACCUGUUAUGAACAGCAAUAAAACUUAGGAAGUUAAGGCAAAAUGAAGCCCUUAAUGUGAGUAUUAGAGUUAUGUCAUGUAAUGUGACAUGAGUCUAAUGAAUUAGGGUUUAGUCAUCUGCUGUGUUAUUAUUUUUUCAUGUGAUCUGAUUGCUGCAAGCAGGAAAUUACAUUUGAUCAUUGAAUGCACAGGUCCUGUGUAUGAAGAGUAAUGUGCAAUGUAUAGCAUGUCGCUCAGGUCGCUUUAACGGGUGGUAGGAGAUGGGGGAAUACGUAUUCAUGAAUGUAAAUAUGCACCUAAAACUUAAAUACAGUAUCUGGAUAGGAUUCUCUUUUAAAUGUUAAAUGUAUGUGUACAUAUGCACAAAUUAGCUGAAAUUUUGUCAAAUUCCUUGAAGCCACGUUUAUACAGCUUCUUAUUCUGUCAGUAUGAAACACCAAGCAGCAUGUACUGUCCUGCAGUUACUCAACCCAAAGAGUUGCUGUGUAAUCAUGCCAGCUAGGAUUUGAUUGAAUCUCAGCUCUUAUAUUUUUUCACUUGUCUUCCAGUGUUUGACUGUAUAUCUGUUAUUUAUCCAGUAUAUCUCUGUUACUUGCAACAGGCCAUGUUGUCUCUACUUUGGUGUGUUUUGGUGUGUUUCUCAGUAGCACUGAGCUGUCAGAUAGGCUGCUAACUAAAGAUCACCAUCUUUGUCUCCCUGUUUGACACAGCUUUCUCAGUCUGAGAUGCUUUAAAUGUGUCCGGUGUGGCUAAAUAGAUGAAAUACCAGUAUUGUCCUAUGCCACUGCACCCCUCUUUCAUAUUCCCAAAUUUCUGUCAGCUGUCUUUUUUAUUUCUAAAGGUGGCCUUUUUGGGAAUGUAAAUGUAAAUUUCUCCAUUUGAAGUGGGAAAUGUAUAAAAUUGAGCUGCAAUGACUCAGCACUUUUGGUAAGUGUGAAUUGAAAACACACUAGCACACUCUGAGUGUAAUGCCUAUCAUUGCAUUGUGUACAAAUGGAAUGAAAAAAAAAUGCUGCUCUGCCUCAAAAAGAUGCAUUAGGUCAACUUGCAACAGAUACAGGCAAAGUUUAGAUAGCGAGAGCACUGGAAUCUUGAGGAUGUAAUGAAACUCAUUUUUCCAUUGAUCUGAACUUGGCCUCUGAAGAGCAUCCCUGCAAUAUCAUUGUAAAUUCACUGUAAAUCAUUUGAUCAUAUUCAGUAGUUCCCAUAGCUGUUUCUUUUAUCAUUUCCUCAGCAUUUAGAGAGGUUUGGCACCCACAUAUAGUGCUCCACAGCCUCUUGAUUUACAAACAAACUUGCCCAGUACAGUGGAGAAUGCCAAAAUGUACAGUACUCACUGGCACAACUUCAAACAAAAGGGAAGCUGUCACAAGAACACACAGCUUAAGUUUCAGCAGAUCAAGAAAUUUAAUUGUAACGAAAUGCACUUGAUUUGAAAUGUGACAUUUUUGUCAACACAGAAUAGAAUAGAAACUUAAGGUCAUCAGUCUGUUGAAAUGUUAAUUAUCUUACUAUUUCAAGUGAAUAGUUACAGCAGUGAUAAUCGUUGAAAGCCAUAUUUUAUUUCGCAUUUGAGAACACUGAUUUCUUUGAAGGUUAAGCUCCCCUCUAUCUGAUAUCCAGCAUAAGGUAUGUAUGUUUGUGGUUUCUUUGCCUCAGUCAGAUAUUUAAAUUGUUUGGUUAUUGGCCUUUACCCAUGUUUAGUUGUAUAUAUGAUUGGGAUUUAAUGGGGACAUUGUAUAUAAAUGUAUAGUAAUGCUUUUAUGCUGUAUAAACUUUGAAUGGCUCUCUUGCUGUUGAUUGACAAGGUCUCAACACUGUGAUUGCAAAAGUGAGCGGAUAUUUGUGCAGCUGGAAUAAAUAAAAAGAUAACUAAGUAAAA